UUGUGUUAAUUAAUGAACACUGCUCUUGUUACUAUACAGCCCUCGUACGGAAACGUGCUCGUUUUACGCUCUGACGAAAUUUUCGCUUUUACAAAGCGGUUGCACUCUAUUUUAAUUUAACAAUUCGUGCCACACUGUGUGAAAUUAAAAAAGUUAAAAUUCAAAAUGCUGCGCGUUCCCAAGUUUUUGCCUCGUCUUGCACGUCAGGCCACCUAUGCUGCGCCCACAAAUGCUUCUAGCAUAUUCCGCAGCCUGCCAGUUGCUAGCAAUGGUUUGUCAGGACAAUUGCGUUACAAGUCUGGUGAAGUUAAGGGUGCUGUCAUCGGCAUUGAUUUGGGCACCACCAACUCCUGCCUGGCUGUUAUGGAAGGCAAACAGGCUAAGGUCAUUGAAAAUGCUGAGGGUGCACGCACGACACCAUCACAUGUUGCAUUUACCAAGGAUGGCGAACGUCUUGUGGGCAUGCCUGCCAAGCGUCAAGCUGUGACCAACUCUGCCAACACUUUCUAUGCCACAAAGCGUUUGAUUGGUCGCCGUUUUGAUGAUCCUGAGGUUAAGAAAGAUGUGACAAAUCUCUCUUACAAAGUGGUCAAAGCUUCCAAUGGCGAUGCUUGGGUAUCGGCUACAGAUGGCAAAGUCUAUUCACCCUCACAAAUUGGCGCCUUCAUUUUGAUCAAGAUGAAGGAAACCGCUGAGGCGUAUCUGAACACACCCGUUAAGAAUGCUGUGGUUACUGUGCCUGCCUACUUCAACGACUCUCAGCGUCAGGCUACCAAGGAUGCUGGACAGAUUGCUGGCUUGAAUGUGCUGCGUGUAAUCAAUGAACCCACAGCCGCUGCACUCGCCUACGGCAUGGACAAGACCGAGGAUAAAAUCAUUGCUGUUUACGAUUUGGGCGGUGGUACUUUUGAUAUUUCGAUUUUGGAAAUCCAAAAGGGCGUCUUUGAGGUCAAGUCCACCAAUGGUGACACACUGCUGGGCGGUGAAGAUUUCGACAAUUACAUUGUUAACUUCCUGGUAGCCGAGUUCAAAAAAGAUAGUGGCAUUGAUAUCCGCAAGGACAAGAUUGCCAUGCAGCGCCUUAAGGAGGCAGCCGAAAAGGCUAAGUGCGAGCUGUCGUCUUCGCAGCAAACUGACAUCAAUCUGCCUUAUUUGACAAUGGAUGCAGCUGGUCCACAGCACAUGAAUCUGAAAAUGACACGCUCUAAGCUGGAAAGCCUGGUGGGCGACCUUAUCAAGCGCACCAUUCAACCCUGCCAGAAGGCGUUGUCCGAUGCUGAGGUAUCCAAGUCAGAAAUUGGCGAAGUCUUGUUAGUAGGCGGCAUGACGCGCAUGCCCAAGGUACAAGCUACCGUGCAGGAACUGUUCGGACGUCAGCCCUCGCGUUCGGUAAAUCCCGAUGAGGCCGUGGCUGUUGGUGCUGCCGUGCAGGGAGGUGUUCUGGCUGGUGAUGUUACUGAUGUGCUGCUGCUCGAUGUGACGCCACUAUCCCUUGGCAUUGAGACACUGGGUGGCGUGUUCACACGUUUGAUUUCACGCAACACCACAAUUCCUACUAAGAAGUCACAGGUCUUCUCAACGGCCAGCGAUGGUCAGACUCAGGUGGAGAUCAAGGUGCACCAGGGUGAGCGUGAGAUGGCUAAUGACAACAAGCUGCUGGGCGCUUUCACACUGGUUGGCAUUCCGCCAGCACCACGUGGUGUGCCCCAGAUUGAGGUGGUUUUUGAUAUUGAUGCUAACGGUAUUGUGCAUGUGUCUGCCAAGGACAAGGGCACUGGCAAGGAGCAACAGAUUGUCAUUCAGUCCAGCGGUGGUCUGAGCAAGGACGAAAUUGAGAACAUGAUCAAGAAGGCAGAGGAAUACGCCAGCGCUGAUAAGCUCAAGCGUGAACUGAUUGAAAUUGUCAACCAAGGCGAGAGCAUUGUACAUGACACUGAAACAAAGAUGGAAGAGUUCAAGAGCCAGCUGCCCGCCGAAGAGUGCGAGAAGAUGAAGAAGGAAAUUGCUGAUUUGCGCACUUUGCUGGCCAACAAAGAAACUGCUGACCCAGAGGAGGUUAGAAAGCAAACCACUCAGCUGCAACAGUCCUCAUUGAAACUCUUCGAGAUGGCAUACAAGAAGAUGUCCGCUGAGCGCGAGAGCAGCGGUGGCAGCAGCAGCAGCAGUUCGGGCGAACCUUCUGGCGAGGCUAAGAAGGAGGAGAAGAACUAAAUUAGGCAGCUGUAGUCUUAGUUGUUGUUUACCUUAUUUAAUAAUAAUCACAUUUGGAUUUCGAUUAAGUUCUAUGUUAAACAAACAUAACGAAACGAAAAAACAAGGCACAUCAUAAUUCCUGAUCUAAUCCAAUAUGUCGUCUACAGCCCACAACAAACCUCACUCCAAAUCAGUUACAUAAGCAAAAAAUUCAAGCAUUUACCCAAAUUGUGUAGUAAGACGAGCGGACGACAGUUAGACCUCCAAUCUGCUGAUACCAAAUACGAUCAUAAUUGGCUGCAUUAAGUUUUUAUUGUUUAUAAUGCAAGCAUUGCCGAUCAAACCCUGUAAAAUGUCGUGGAUGUGUUGAUGUUGCAGCUGUGCUGUGCUCACUGUAAGAUUUUCCUUAUGUUUACGUUACGUUUAUUUUAAACUAGUUGUAGUUGUACAAUAAUCGAGCACAGCGACUAUAGCACAGAACCAUAAUGAAAUUGUAAUUAAACCUAGACAUUUUGAAUAUUGGCAAA